AUGUGGAAGCUAUUCAGUAGAAGGAAGAAGCGGGCGCCCGCGGACGAGUCUGUGGCCGAACUGCGGGACAAGUUCCACUUGGAAACGCACGGUUACCAUGGUUUCCCUCUCGGGCCGUCCAGUAUGACAUUUGACCCUUAUCGGAGACUUCUGUACAUCGGAACCAAUUCCGGAGAAAUCAGAAUGGUAGGAACUCCUGGAGUAAGGCUAAGUGGCAACCUGGACGACAUGGGAAAAAUCAACCAGAUCCUACCGUUCACCUCUGAGCCUGCUCUGAUCACUGUGUGCGGAGGUAACAUGAUGUACAGAUGGUGUCUGGAGCAGGGGGAGAGGCAGGACGCGCCAGAACUGGUUCUCGACCGGUCUUACAAGUUCCAGGGAGGACUGAAUCACCUAUCCAUGGACACCCAGUUUGACGGAAUGUCCCCCGAGGUCCUCUCGUGGUCCAGAGCAAGAGCCGUCCUGGGCUACAAGGGGAAGGAUAUCCCCGGGGAAGUGAGGACGCUGGACAUCAGCCCCAGGAACCCUAAACAGCUGUUGAUUGGGUAUGAACACGGAUAUUUCGAGUUGUGGGAUGCCCUGACAUGGAAACCUCUCCUCAUCCUGGGCCCAUUCCGAGACUCUGGGGACACCCUGGCCGUGGCAUGGAAUGGGGACGGGGAGCGGUUCGUGUCCUCGCACCAGGACGGGACCAUUGCCUACUGGAACCUGGACAGCCCGGAGGGACCAGUCUCAACUCGCAGACUUCACGACGGAAGGUGCCAAGACAUAGUGAGAAUCCUCUGGCCAAGAGACAAUAUGCUGGUGAUGAGCGGGGGCGCCUCCCUCGACAAGAUCGACGGAGACAGCGUGACGGUUGCCGUGGACGACGAACUCUACACGAUGCAGCUGACCUCGCCCGUGCGAGGAAUGCACGUUCUCGAGGACGUACAUACGGACAGGGACUCUGGGAUUGUCAACUCUGGAUCCGACUGUGUCACUACCACCACCAUGAGAGAUAUACUUGUACUGCUGUUGGAGCAGGAGAUACUGUUCAUAGAGCUCAGCCCUCCAGAAUUCCCCCUGGUCCCCCCUCCCUACCUCAUCAGUCCCCACAACUCACCAAUGAAGCUGGUCACAUUGAGCAGUAGAGUGAGCCGCGAGGUGUGGCAGUCCCUCUCUCAGAUUGGACGAGUCCAGAGAGAGACUGUAUACAGAGCCUCCACAAAGAAGUGGCCGGUGAAUGGAGGUAAGCUGAGGAGCAGAGCUCACGACAGGAGAGAUGUUCUCCUCACUGGACACGAGGACGGAACCGUCAAAUUCUGGGACAUCAGCAAUCCCAACAUGAACCUGCUGUACACGGUCAACUGCUCCAUGUUCUUUUCCUCCGAGGACGCCCUCAACACAGACUUCUUCACAGAGGACAGCACAGAGCGCACUGACCCUACCAACAUCAAACAGAUGGGGUUCUGGGACCCGAGAAGUGACGAUGACCAGUUGACAGUCACCAGUCUGGACUUCCAGGAGGAGCUGUUGGCCGUCGGUCUCCACGGAGGAGCCACCCUCAUCUUCAGUCUCAGCUCCCAGUCCUCCGUCAUCGACAUGAAGCUGGUGAGGGUGUCGAUCAUGCGGGACGAUCCCCGCCAGAGAAGUCGGAACUGGCAGGCUCCGCUCACCCUCCGGACAGGAGGGGUGGAGUGUCCCCCGGGCUACCAUCCCUCUCACUGCAUCCACCUCUUCCCCAAUGUCUCCACCACCACUCUCGCCAUCGCCAAGGACCAGAGGCUGAUUGCAGUUGGGUGUGUGUAUGGGUUCACGGUGGUGGACUUCCUGAAGGGAGACAUUAUUCACAUCCAGUCUACCUUCGACAGCUCCAGCCCAGACCCCACGCAGAUGUCCCGCAUGCAGAGCAUUCGGCGCUCAUUUCGACAGUCUCUGAAGAGACUCAACGUCCGACACAGCAUGCGCGGAGCUCAGAGUACACAGCGCUCGUAUCGUCCGUCGAACUUUGUCCGUUCAGGCAGCGCUCGGCCGUCUGUCGCCAAGUCCCGACGUGGCGGUGGGGGUGGAGCUGGGACGAUGACUCCGCCCCCCAAACGAGACUUCGUUAAGACGAUGGCCUUCACAGCUCCCUGUCAUCUUGCAGGUCAUUCCUCAUGGUAUGGUCUUCUGGUGGGCACAAAUUGCGGACGACUGCUGACGUACACCAUUGAUAUGCCCGCACCGAAACACAGAGAAGCCCGCUCUCCAAUUGUCAUGCCCGUAGAGCACAACUUCAACGUGAAGAAGGACGAGACUGUGUUAUUUGCUGGAGUGAUCGACGCUCAGAGCUACCUACUGGACGUUAAUGAUGAGGGGAGUUUCAGAUCGGCCCGGGGUACCCAGUACCUCACUGUGUGUACCGAGGAGGGGAUCAAGUCGGCUCUACUCAUCAUGGACAGCGAGGGCUACAUAUCAGUCUACACCCUCCCAGACCUCAAACUCAUCUGCAGGGAUGACUGCGUGGACGCAACGGACGCCGUCGGCCAGAGAAACUUUGCCUGUAGCUCAGUCGGAGUGAUUCUUCACCAGCGCUCUCCCUCCGAGUUUGCUCGCGAGUCCCUCACAGAGGAGGGGAGGCUGGAGGUCGGAUUUUCGGUUCCCCUGAAGACGGUGACCCCCCUCGUGUUGACCCCCCAGACUCCCAAACAUGAGCUGGUGGACCAGCUACCCACACCUCUUGACAUCAAGGUAUCUACAGCAUUCCUUUAA